AUGUCAAAUAAUAAUAAUAUAGAUAAACCAACUUGUCCAAUUAAUAUAAAACAAUCAUGGUGGUCAAAACUACUCUGGAAACAUCCAGCACAAUCACAACCAACUCCUAUAUCAGCUUGUCCCGUGGAUCAUUCAUUAUUUUCAACCCCAUCACAACCAGUUUGCCCCGUCGAUGAUGAAACAAAAUCACAAUGGGUUAAAAACAUACAAAUACAAAUCCCAGAUGCAAUAGAACAAGAAUCACUUUCAUGUGACUCAUCAGUUGAUCAUCAACCAACCUCAAAUGUCAAUUUACCAGUGGAUAGAGAUAUCAGUUCAAUUCCAAGAACAUCUUCAAAUUCAAAUUGGAUAUACCCUAGUCAAAAACAAUUUUAUGAAGCUAUGAAGAGAAAAAAUUGGGAUCCAAAUCAGAAUGAUAUGAAAGUUGUUGUUCCUAUUCAUAAUCUCGUUAAUGAAAGGGCAUGGAAACAUAUUAUGUUUUGGGAGAAACCAAAUUUGAGAAAUUGUCCUAAUAUAACUUUGACUAGUUUCAAAGGUGAUCUGAAGAAGAUGACUCCGAGAGCAUGGAUAAAGACAAAUGUAUUUGGGUAUGACCCUCCUUUUGAUAGACAUGAUUGGAAAAUAGACAGGUGUGGUGUUGAAGUUGAUUAUGUCAUUGAUUUUUAUAAUUUAAAGGGAUCUAAUGAUGUUUGGUUGGAUGUUAGACCUAAAUUAAAUAGUUAUGAAGGUGUAAAAUUGCGGAUAUUGAAUGCUAUUGGAAUAUAG